ACGGCCCCGGCUGGGGUCGCGGAGACCCAGCGGAGGCGGCAGCCAGCCUAGGGGACCCGUGGCAUCGCCCACACCGCCCAAUCUGCGUCCGAGCCCGGUGCUGCCGCGAUGGCCGUGCGCUCCCGCCGCCCGUGGGUGAGCGUGGCGCUGGGGCUGGUCCUGGGCUUCACCGCCGCGUCCUGGCUCAUCGCCCCCCGGGUGGCCGAGCUGAGCGAGAGGAGGCGACACGGCUCCAGCCUCUGCUCCUACUACGGCCGCUUGGCCACCGGGCCCCGCGCGGGCGCGCAGCAGCCGCUCCCCCAGCCCCAGUCCCGGCCGCGGCUAGAGCAGUCGCCGCCCCCUGCCAGCCAGGAGCUCUUGGGGCCGCAGCGGCCGGAGGCGGCGCCCGGAGGUCCCAGUUUUCGGAGCAGCCCCUGGCAGCAGCCAGCUCCGCUGCCGCAGAGGAGGCGAGGACACAAGCCCGAAGGUGCGACGGCGCUUCCCGUCGCUCCAGCAGCCAAAGGGGAACCGGAGGAAGAGGAUGGGGGCGCGGCUGGCCCUCGGAAGGGUGGCCGGCCAGGGAGCAGCCACAACGGCAGCGGAGACGGGGGCGCCGCUGCCCCGAGCCCAGGACCUGGGGACUUCCUGUACGUGGGUGUGAUGACCGCGCAGAAGUACCUGGGCAGCCGCGCGCUGGCCGCGCAGAGGACCUGGGCGCGCUUCAUCCCCGGCCGCGUGGAGUUCUUUUCCAGUCAGCAGCCUCCCAGUGCCGCGCUCGGCCAGCCCCCUCCACCUUUGCCUGUCAUCCAGCUGCCGGGGGUCGACGAUUCCUACCCUCCCCAGAAGAAGUCCUUCAUGAUGAUCAAGUACAUGCACGACCACUACCUGGACAAGUAUGAGUGGUUCAUGCGCGCCGACGACGAUGUCUACAUCAAAGGUGAUAAAUUAGAAGAAUUCCUUAGGUCUCUAAAUAGCAGCAAGCCUCUCUACCUGGGACAGACUGGCCUGGGGAAUACAGAAGAACUUGGAAAGCUGGGGCUGGAGCCUGGGGAGAACUUCUGCAUGGGAGGACCUGGCAUGAUCUUCAGCCGAGAAGUUCUCAGGAGGAUGGUGCCUCACAUUGGCGAAUGCCUCCGAGAAAUGUACACCACUCACGAGGAUGUGGAGGUGGGGCGCUGUGUUCGCCGCUUUGGUGGGACUCAAUGCGUCUGGUCUUAUGAGAUGCAACAGCUGUUCCAUGAAAACUACGAACACAAUCGCAAGGGUUACAUCCAAGACCUUCACAACAGCAAAAUCCACGCGGCCAUCACACUUCAUCCAAACAAAAGGCCUGCGUACCAAUACAGACUGCAUAAUUACAUGCUUAGCCGCAAGAUCUCCGAGCUCCGCUACCGCACCAUCCAGCUCCACAGGGAAAGUGCACUCAUGAGCAAGCUCAGCAACAGUGAAGUGAGCAAAGAGGACCAGCAGCUGGGAGUGAUGCCUUCUUUCAACCACUUUCAGCCCCGGGAGAGAAAUGAGGUCAUCGAGUGGGAGUUCCUGACUGGGAAGCUGCUUUACUCAGCCUCAGAGAACCAGCCUCCUCGACAGAGCAUCAACAGCAUCCUUAGGACAGCCCUGGAUGACACCGUCCUGCAGGUGAUGGAGAUGAUCAACGAGAAUGCCAAGAGUAGGGGCCGGCUCAUUGACUUCAAGGAAAUUCAGUAUGGCUACCGCAGGGUUGAUCCCAUGCAUGGGGUGGAGUACAUUUUGGAUCUGCUCCUCUUGUACAAAAGACACAAAGGAAGGAAAUUGACUGUGCCUGUGAGGCGCCAUGCCUAUCUUCAACAGUUGUUUAGCAAGCCUUUCUUCAGAGAAAUGGAAGAACUCGAUGUCAACAGCCUGGUGGAGAGUAUUAACAGCGGCACUCAGUCAUUCUCCUUAAUAUCCAACUCUCUAAAAACACUCUCUUCUCUUCAAGAGACCAAAGAAAUAGGAGGGCACAAAGAAAAGAAAGUACACAUUCUUGUUCCCCUUAUUAGAAGGUAUGAUACUUUCUUGAGAUUCAUGGAAAAUUUUGAAAGUACCUGUCUUAUCCCAAAGCAAAAUGUAAAGCUGGUCAUCAUCCUUUUCAGUGGGGAUUCUGGCCAAGAGUCCAACAAGCACAUUGAGCUGAUACAAGACUAUCAGAACAGGUACCCGAAUGCAGACAUGAUGCUGAUUCCCAUGAAGGGGGAGUUUUCCAGAGGUCUUGGUCUUGAAAUGGCUUCUUCUCAGUUUGACAAUGACACAUUGCUGCUAUUUUGUGAUGUUGACUUGAUCUUUAGAGGGGACUUUCUCCAGCGAUGUAGAGACAAUACAAUUCAGGGACAACAGGUAUACUACCCCAUCAUCUUUAGCCAGUACGACCCAAAGGUGACACACAUGGGAAAUCCGCCCCCAGAGGAUGACUUUGUGUUUUCAAAGGAAACUGGAUUUUGGAGAGACUAUGGCUAUGGUAUCACUUGUAUUUACAAAAGUGAUCUACUGGGUGCAGGUGGAUUUGAUACCUCAAUACAAGGCUGGGGACUGGAAGAUGUAGAUCUCUACAACAAAGUUAUCCUAUCUGGCUUACAACCCUUCAGAAGUCAAGAAGUGGGAGUGGUGCAUAUUUUCCAUCCAGUUCAUUGUGAUCCUAACUUGGACCCUAAGCAGUAUAAGAUGUGCUUAGGAUCCAAAGCAAGUACUUUUGCCUCAACCAUGCAACUGGCUGAACUCUGGUUAGAAAAACAUUUGGGUAUCAGGGACAAUCGAACUCUCUCCUGACAGUCCAGGCAACACACAUUGCCUUUUGGAAGGGGAGUUUACCUCAGUGUUGGCUGUUAUUAUUUUUAUUUUAUUGUUGUUAUUUUAUUAUUAUUAUUAUUGUUGUUGUUGUUAUAAUUUUAUUUUGUUGUCAUGAUCUUAAAGUACUCUUGGUUGUCUUCCAAAGGGUGUUUGUUGACCUCAAGCAAGAAGAGUCUAAAGUUCACUGAUAUUUCACAGUCAGAGUUCUACUGAAGUCAAUAAAUGUAUUACUUUUAUAUAACUUUAUUUGAGAUUGAGUUAAAUCAUGGCAAUCAAAUGACUUUGGAAGCUCAUUCAUCACAAGAGACAGCUUAGAAGAAUGUUCUCUUAGGGCUUAAAGAUGCAAUAUUGACUUUUCUUUUGUUUGUCAACUUCAAUGUGAUACAAAUAUUUACUGGUGAAAGGUACCACAAAAGUGCUUUAUGCUUCCUAUGGGGAAGGGACUCUGUGACAUAAACUUGAGUUUUGUAAUUUAUACAAGGACUUAAAUAUAUAGACAAUAAUUUUGUUCAUCGUUAGAAUUUUUAAAGUAAAUGAACACCUAUGAUUGUAUGUUUAUUUUUUAAGAAAAAGUUUUAAAAAUUGAGGAGUACUGUUCCACAAGCAACCGGUACUGGCUACCCUGGUCUUACAAUUACAAACUCCUCACAACAGUCUGCUAUAAACGCGAAGGAACUUUAUUUUCUCAAGGAAAUAUGAUUUAAUGAAAUAUUCAUGUGCAUUUUAGAAGCUUUAUGAAACAAUGUCCUUCAUUUGCUGGCAAGAAGAUAAAACAUGACAGAACCUGUUUAUUUAUAAUAAAACACAGGUAUAACCGUAUUCUUUUUCAAAAACAUUGUCAAAGCUGUGUUGUUUCCUUUCUGUCUUAUUUGAUGUAAUUUUUAGGGUGGUGUUCACCAAAAAAAGGCUGACUUCACUAGAUGGGACAAUGCUGGCUUCACUAUGGGAUCAUGGGAAAUGCAUUGUGUUCUGCCUUAUUCCCAGGCUUCGUAAGUGAUUCAUAGGAAUUAAUUCUAAACUCAAUAAUGUAACAUCUGAAAGGAGACUGUUCUCAGUCUCUGAAGACUGAGGUUUGUCCAACCACAAAAGAAUAGUUCAGAAUCUGCUUUGGAAAGUAUAUAAAAAUGUAACAAUCCUGGGGGAAAUAAAAAAUAAGAUUAAUCCUAUAAUUAUAAAAAACACCUAGGGAAAUAUCUCAUCUCUCAUGAUGGUUUUUCUUUUGACUGAAUCUAUGAGGUCAUUUCUAGAAAAACACUGUCAUACUUAAGAAAUGUAAGAGAGAAUGAAUACCUAUAUACCUAUGCAAGGAAGUCUCAUGAAACUUAUUUUAAAAAAUCAUUCUCAAGACAGGUAAUAUAUUUGCACAAAAUUAAACAAAACAUUUAAAUAUCUACAACUAUCUGGCUGUCAUGCAUUCCACUCAGACCUUCUUGAUACAACACAGACCACAGUUUUGGCUGAAAUGUAUCUUCAUACCUGUCUUUACUUUCUAAUGAAGAAAAGAUAUAUCUUUUACAUUUUACUCUUUAUGAACAAAGUGAAGCAGAUGACUUUCAUUUUUCAUUGAAAAAGAAAACAAUUUGUGCCAGUCAAUUUAUCUCACAAAUUACUGGCCUCAUUUGGAACAGACGGCCACAAGGCCACCAAACUAUGAAGGGUCCUAACCUAGUAACAACCUUUUUUUUUUAACUGAAAAUAUUUCCAGGGCUUCAAAAUAACAUUACUUGGUAUUGAGAAAAACAGAAUGGAAAUUUCCCUCUCUAAACAUAUAAUCUUAAUAAUUUUGAGUCCACCAGAAAGGAAUUAAUGACAUUUUCAUUUUUAAAAUGUUCAUCUUGACAGGGCCAUCAAUUUAAAAUUGAGCUCUGCUCUUACCUUGUCUUGGGCUUUCACAAAUAAUUAUUUUAAUAGCUUACUUUCUUAUAUUACAUAACUUAGCUCUUUUGCAUAUUUUAUUUUCUUAUAAAGCAAAUGGAUUAACAUUUAGUCAGUCAUUUUGGAUAAUUAUUACCAAAUGAUCAUGAUUACUUUUUAUUUAUUAACAGAGUCUACUCUUUUCUUUAACACAAAUGAAUGAUACAAAAGGUUUUUAGUAAAUAAUAAUAAUAAACAUAAAUGCCACAGUUCAAACAUUCUAAGUUGUGGAGUUAACCAAGGGACAAAGCACUAUUUUAAUUUUAUUAUUUUGCUUCUUUUAUUUUUUAGAUUAUAAUAAUAUAAUUUUACCAUUUCCUCUUCCUUUCCUUCCCUUAUAACCCUCUUUACUCUUUCAAAUCCUUGCUCCCCUUUUUUUUAUUAAUUGUUGUUACAGUCAUAUGUCUUAUAUUUAUAUAUUCCUAAAUAUAAUCUGCUCAGUCUGUACAAGGCUAAUUGCAUGUAUGUUUUCAGAGCUAAGCAUUUGGUAUUAGGUAACUAAUUGGUGUACUCUUCCCUGAGGAAGACUAUUUCUGCUGCUCUCACUGUUACGUAGGUGAACAUAAGUCUUUGGGUAGGCUGGAGGCUUUGUUAAUUUAUGGAACUGUGCAGAAGGGAUGAAGGGCUGCAGGGAUCUCCUCUGAUUGUAACUGUAAACCAGCACACCACAGUGAUCAACUAGCAUAAGUGCAUCUAAAAUCUGUUUUACAAUUUGACAUGAGUUUCCAACCAUUUCUUUUCAGGCAACGCAGUAUUCCCUGACUGACGAUUUAAGGGUCAUGGUGUUAGUAAAAUUGACUUUGUCAGUCUACAUGGUAUCUGUUUUCUCAGUGUGUUAAGGUUUAAGGAAAACACAAUGCGAAUGUGGUCAGAACCAAAAGAUAGGUAGUCUCACUAAUACAAACACCACAUUCUGUCAUUUGAAUAGCUGUGAUUUUUUUUUUAAUGAACAUCACCCUAAAAAUGUUCCCUGUCCUUCAGCAUCACUGUGGGUUUCUGAUUACUCACUCAACAACAUGCAAUGUAUUUUACUUGAAUUUUCCUAAGUACAAUCACCAUAAAAGCUCUCAAGAUUAUUCAGAAUAUUUUAUAUAUUCAACAGAAGAAGAAAUGGAGGUCUUCAUCAAUUAGGGGACUCUAUAGAGUGCACGUUUAAGCUAAAGGAUAUUCGAAUGGGAAGCACCUGCCUCGCAUCUCUGCAGAACAUGGCUUCUCAGGUAUUGGGCAGGAUAUAGAAAUCAAAGGAGGGCAAAGGUCAGCUGUCACCAUAGAUGCAUUUGAUCCACCCUUGAAUUUGCUUCUUUUUGCCAAAUGCUUUUCUGGGAGAGCUAUGCUUGCUGUAUCCUCUAACUUUCUUCAUAAUCCUCUCCCACUUUGUUGGAUCCCUUGUACAGGGCUCUGCUGUGGGAAGAGAAUCAUUUUGCUGUCUACCCAUGUGUGUGCCACUGGACAUCAGCAAAGAAAAAAUCUCAAAAUUCAUAAUACCAGUAGCUGUCUUUCUGUUUCAUCUUGGCCAACUAGGUGCAGAAGUAUUCCACACUGAUGAAAGUUGGCAUGUUACCAUACAGACUUGAAAUAAGCACACUGUCAUUAACAAAAUGUUUCUGGAUCUAAGAGUUGAGCCCAUUAUAAAUAAUUAAUAGUUUGAGAGCUAAGUACAGGAAUGAAAUAUUCAAAUAUGUGCUCAUAAUCCAAACAAGUAAAUAAAUGUUCACCGGAAACUCAAAUAAUAAAGUAACAUUUUAGUAUGAGAAGGCCCAAGGCAGCAGCACCAUGGCUGGAGCAACUGAUUAGUUGCCCAGUUUAAUGAAUACUUUCUUCUUCUAAGAAUAGGGCUCAUUGUACGAGAUUCCUCUCUAUCAGCUUGAUUGUUCAGAAGUUCAUUCAGCUAGGGCUCAUUACAUUUUCCUGGGGAGAACACUGUAGGUAGACCUUGAUCUGGAGAUUUUCUGCUUCUUUUCUCUCCCACCCAACAGCAAAUUGGUUCAUGCAAAUAAAUACAGACAUGUAAAUCUCCAGUAGCCCAUAAAAUAUCUGUAGCUUCAUAUUGGCCUUGAUGAUAUGAUUUGGAUGUGGAAACAAAGCUUUCUAUACACUCUGCUUAUGUGGCCAAGGUACCACUGUCUUCCUGCUGUCUCUUGCUUUCUGACACUUGCCUGUGGUGCCACACACUAAAGGAAGCUAGUGUGCUUUACUCUAGUAGCAUCUCUACUGCUAACACCCCAGAGACUUCUACACUGCCUUUCUAAUUUAUGCUUAAUUACUAAAGGCAUAUCAUUUCCAGAAAGUACCCUGGGUCGAGGGAUGUUACAGGAUAAACUGACAAGAUGAUGUUCUCAAGGACAAUAAAGGGAUUUUUAACUGC